AGCGGGGGGCUAAAAAUAAUAUUAAAAAAAAAGGAAGGUAUAUAUAGAGGUGCAGUCGUGCAGAUUUCAGAGAGAAUCAUUGGAGAUGAAUUCAAAGAGAGAGAAACCAACGACGAAAAUGGCGUAUUAGCACUGAAUUUCGCAAUCUCAGCGCCUUUUUUUCAAUUUCCUCAACCUCAGAGUCAUAUUCUUCCGCGAAGUGCUCUGAUUGUGAUUGCAGAAAUCUGUUAG